UGGGAUUGAAUCUUUCCUUGCUAAGUGUGUUUGUCGUUCCUUUCUGAAUCGUGCCUUGAUCCUUGUCAUUAUCCAUCUGUGCUCCCACCGUCGCCAUGUCGAGUCUCCUUGAUACCAUUCUGCAGUCAGAAUCUGGCCCUCCCCAAGGCGCAAGAAGGGGAAUCGUACCGCAAUCAGAUGCUCCUCCGAGUUCACGCCCCAAUCUCCCAUCAGAAAGCAAUGCACAGAUGAGCGAAGCUCCUGAGUUUGCAGACGAUCAAGUUGUUGGCCCGGGGGGUUCCAUUCCCCGUCGAACCCGACAUCCCAUGUAUGGUAGGGGCCCGCCCACAUUCCGCGAUGUUGCCGGAGAAAAGGUUCAACAGGCUUUCGAGGAGUUGUUGGAGACACAUAUGGAGGAUCCUAUGUCUUCUGGUGCUCCUCCCUCGUCUGAAAUGCUAAGUGAUAAAUACUACGUUUCUCAGAUACAUGGAAUGGCGAAGCUUCAGCUGUCCACUCUCUAUGUCGAUUUCACCCAUUUGACGUCUUUACCGAACCAAGUCCUGGCUGACGCCAUCGCUAAUCAAUAUUACCGAUUCCAUCCUUAUUUGACGAAAGCUUUGCACAACUUAAUCGCGAAAUAUGAACCUCAAUAUUUUAGAGAACAUCGACAGCUUGGGAGCCACUCAUCACAAGCAAGCACAUCCGCCAUGGCUGUAGACAGCAGCGAACCUGACCGCCUCUCAGAGAAAACUAGAUAUCAGCAAACAGACAAGGUCUUUUCUUUGGCCUUUUAUAACCUUCCUCUUGUCUCAAGGUUACGUCAACUGCGGACUGCACAGAUUGGAAAGUUGCUUUCAAUAUCCGGCACAGUCACAAGAACGUCGGAAGUUCGGCCAGAGCUUGCGAUGGGGACAUUUACUUGUGAAAGUUGCAAUACACCAUGUCCAGAUAUUGAACAAAGCUUCAAAUAUACGGAACCAGCACUUUGCCCGAACCCCACAUGUGGUAAUCGCGUUGGCUGGCGCCUAGAUAUUCGCCGAAGCACAUUUAUUGAUUGGCAAAAGGUCAAAUUGCAAGAGUCUUCCCACGAGAUUCCUACUGGGAGUAUGCCGCGUACUAUGGAUGUGAUUUUACGCGGAGAAAUGGUGGAUCGAGCAAAGGCAGGAGAAAGAUGCAUUUUCACUGGUACACUCAUUGUUAUUCCUGAUAUCAGUCAACUGGGACUGCCUGGAAUUCGCCCAGAAGCAUCAAGGGACUAUGGCAAUACGCGUGGUGGUGAUGUUGGCGGAAGUGGAGUUACGGGUCUUAAAUCACUUGGAGUUCGAGACCUUACAUACCGGCUGGCAUUUCUAGCGUGCAUGGUGACUCCUGACUUGACUACUCCAGGUCAGCCCACAAGUCAAAGUCUUACUGGGCACUCUCAAAAUAUCCUUGCUUCGUUAAAUCAGGUGGACCUGCCCGAAGAAGUUGAAGAUAUGGCCCAAGAACGACUGCUCCAAACAUUUACCCCUAAGGAGGUCGAGGAGCUGAAAGAGCUCGUUCAUACGAAAUACAUAUAUUCGAAACUAGUGGAUUCCAUUGCACCUAUGAUUUAUGGUCACCGAUCAAUUAAGAAAGGUUUACUCUUACAAUUGGUUGGCGGUGUUACGAAGAAAACAGUUGAAGAAGGUAUGCAGCUUCGUGGUGAUAUAAAUAUUUGUAUCGUGGGCGACCCGUCGACAAGUAAGAGUCAGUUCUUAAAAUAUAUAUGUUCUCUGCAUCCUCGAGCGGUCUACACCAGCGGAAAGGCGUCUUCUGCUGCUGGUUUAACUGCUUCCGUGGUAAAAGACCCGGAAACCGGUGAAUUCACUAUCGAAGCAGGUGCCUUGAUGCUUGCGAAUGGUGGAGGCAUCUGUGCCAUUGAUGAGUUCGAUAAGAUGGAUAUUAGCGACCAAGUCGCAAUCCACGAAGCCAUGGAACAACAGACAAUUUCCAUUGCAAAAGCGGGUAUUCAUACCACUCUCAAUGCCCGAGCAAGUAUUCUUGCUGCCGCGAAUCCAGUCGGUGGCAGAUAUAACCCCAAAGCCACCCUCCGUGCCAACCUCAACUUCAGCGCUCCUAUUAUGAGUCGAUUCGAUCUCUUUUUCGUUAUUCGUGAUGACCCUAAUGAAGCCGUGGAUAGAAACUUGGCUGAACACAUCGUUAACGUUCAUAUGAACCGUGACGAAGCAGUGGAACCUGAGAUCCCAACUGAAAUGUUACAACGAUACAUUAGGUUCGCCCGUACGUUCAGACCGGUGUUCACACCCGAAGCUAAAGAGUUAGUGGUGGAGAAGUAUAUGGAGCUUCGCAAUGACGAUGCGCAAGGAGGCAUUGGAAGAAGCAGCUACCGUAUUACUGUGCGUCAACUGGAAAGUUUGAUCCGAUUGUCGGAAGCGGUGGCCAAAGCAAACUGUGUCGAAGAAGUAGUGCCUCAUUUCGUCCUAGAGGCUUACAAUCUUCUUCGACAGAGCAUAGUUACUGUUGAGAAAGAUGAUAUUGAAGUCGACGAUGAAGUGACAACUGGAAAUCAAGACCAUGAGAUGUUUGAUGGCGAUAAUGAACAGCGUGAUCAUGAAGGAGAUACCGCAAUGGGCACUACAGAAGAUGUAAUGAAUGCCGAUUCCGCUGCGCAACAGCAACAAUCCCAGAAAACUAAAAUCACGUACGAUAAAUACAUGAAGAUUCUCAACCUCUUGGUCCGACGGAUAAACGAAGAUGAAGCAAAUACAGGCGAAGGUGUGGAGGAAGAGGAUCUGAAACUUUGGUAUUUGGAGCAAAUUGAAUCGGAAUUGAAUAGUGAAGACGAUGUUGAGAGAGAGAGAUCAUUGGCGACGAAGGUGCUCAAACGGAUGGUGAAGGAUAAUAUCCUCAUGCAAAUUCGGGGAGAAGGCCUUGUGGAUGCAAGCAAUAGCAUGCAGGACAACACCCAAGAUCGAGUUGUCUAUGUUUUGCAUCCCAACUGCGCCGUGGAGGAAAUGUGA